CGCGGCCCGUGACGGGAGCCCUGCGCUGAAGAUGGAUGAUUUGGCUCUGCUCGACCUGUUGGAGUGCCCGGUGUGCUUUGAAAAGCUCGACGCCACAGCAAAGGUGCUGCCGUGCCAGCACACUUUCUGCAAGCCUUGUCUGCAGAGGAUCCUGAAAUCCCAGAAGGAGCUCCGGUGCCCCGAGUGCAGGACGCUCGUCCUCUGUGGCAUCGAGCAGCUCCCGUCCAACCUGCUGCUCAUUCGCCUGCUGGAUGGAGUCAGAUACGGACAGAAUGUUCCCCGGUUCGGCUCAAUGCAGAGGUCGGGGCUCCUGUCCUCCCCCGCCUCCAUCCGGAGGCUCCCACGGGGUCUGCAGCUCCACCAGCACCGGCUGGCGACCAGCCCCAGGAUCCACAUGGAUGGGGUUCCACGAGCCAAGGCGUUGUACACCUACCGAGGGCACAAUCCCGGCGAGCUGAGGUUCAACAAAGGAGACAUCAUCAUGCUGCUCCGACAGCUGGAUGAGAACUGGUACCUGGGUGAGGCCAACGGGAUCAGCGGUGUUUUCCCAGCCAGCUCCGUACAAGUCAUCAAGCACCUGCCCCUGCCACCACCCCUCUGCAGAGCACUUUACAACUUUGACCUGAGAAGCAGGGACAAAAGUGAAAACAAAGAGUGCCUGACAUUUCACAAGGGUGAUAUCAUCACCGUCAUCAGCAGAGUUGAUGGAAACUGGGCAGAGGGCAAGUUAGGCGACAAAGUAGGGAUCUUCCCUGUGCUGUUCGUGGAGCCCAACACGACGGCCAGGCAGCUCCUGCAGACCAGCAAGAGCCACUGGCCGCCCCCCUUUAAGUGUGCGUCGCUGCGAACGGCCUCUCCCAAAGCGAAGGGCAGGGAGCCGCCCGCGCUCCACAAGGCGCCCGACUCCCGGCGGAAGAGCCUGCGGCCGUUCUCCAUCACCACCGCCCUCAACACCCUGAACCGCAUGGUGCACGCGCCCGCCGACCGGCCGGCGCUGGAGAUCAGCUCCCCAGUGCUCAUCAGCUCCAGCAACCCCAGCGUGGCCGCCCCCAGCAGCGAGCAGGCAGACGCCCCCCAGGGCCCCCCUGCCCAGGUCAGUGCAUCUUACUACCCCGCUUCAGGAUCGCUGGGGCACUCAGCAGCCAUUGUCACUCUUCCCCACCUGCAGCACCACCUAUCAGCCAACAUGUGCGUGGCUCUCCACUCCUACAUGGCUCACGGGCCGGACGAGCUGGAGCUGCAGAAAGGAGAAGGGGUCCGCAUCUUUGGGAAAUACCACGACGGCUGGCUGCGGGGCAUGUCGCUGGUCACGGGAAGAGUGGGGAUCUUCCCGAGCAACUACGUCGCUCCUCUUUUCAGCAGGAAACCCAGCCUCUCCGACUCGAAGCUGCCUUCCCUGUACGCCUCGUGGACGCUGUCGACCUCCUCGCUGUCUUCCCAGGGGAGCAUCUCGGAGAGCGGCCAGCGGCAGAGCCGGCCGCUGAAGGUGGCUGCGCUGCCCGUGCCCGUGCCCUCGCCCAGCAGGAGCGCGGCCGCGCUGGGGGGCACGGGGCAGGCGUCGCUGCGGCGCGGCCGCGGCAGCACCAGGAAGAAUGGAUCCCUGCAGAGGCCGGGGCAGCCAGGGGGCCCCGUGCAGGCUGCCGGCUCCCUGCGGCGUCCUCCCACGGCCGCGGUGCGACCUCAGCAGUUUCAGCUCUAUCAGCACAUCAGCACUCAGCUGCACAGCAUCCCGCCUGGAGCUGGCAUGGCUGAGGCAGGAAUGAGGCCAAACUUCUCCCACGAUGCUUCACCAGUGCUUGUGGUCAGAGGAGGGGAGAGCAGAACUCCUUCUGUCUGUAGCUCAGUGAUCCUGGAUGCCAAAGACCCUCCAGCAAAGAGUGAGCCAGCCCCAAAGCCGCCUGCAUCAGCCCCACCGUCCAUCCUGGUGAAACCAGACACCUCCCGGAACAGCACCGAAAAGCAGGUGAAGACGGUGAGGUUCCAGAACCACAGCCCCCCGCCGCCCAAGCGGCACAGCCUGCAGCCCUCCCCACGCCUGCCCCGCAGCAGGACGGAGCCGGCUCCCAUGGUGGAGCCCCUGCUGCCCGAGGGGAGCCCGCCGGGCCCUGAGCUGCCAGCGCUGCCCUCGCCCCGGCUCGGCGCCAGCCCCCUGCACCCGCGCAGGGCACUGCACCCGAAGGCAGCAUCGCUGGACCUCUCGGGCCAGCUGACCUUCCCCAUGAGGAAGAGCUACAGCAGCGUCUCUGCGAACUGACGACUCUCUUCAGCCCGAUUUCCCCAGUGAAGAGAGGUUAGACACCAGCACCGUGAUCCUGCUGCUGCAUCUCCUCCAGCAGGCCGGGAAGGACCGGACCCCCCCGCGCUGCUCCCGCAGCGGCGCAGCCCCGGCCCCGCUCCCCGAACUGCCCAGGCUCAGCCCUGCCUCACCGCGACC